AUUCUAUUGGGUGGAUCUCAUCGUAAAAACAUGGUAUUUGGUACAUUCUAUUGGGUGGAUCUCAUUGUAAAAACAUGGUAUUUGGAACAUUCUAUUGGGUGGAUCUAUUGUAAAACAUGGUAUUUGGUACAUUCUAUUGGGUGGAUCUCAUCGUAAAACAUGGUAUUUGGUACAUUCUAUUGGGUGGAUCUCAUUGUAAAACAUGGUAUUUGGAACAUUCUAUUGGGUGGAUCUUAUUGUAAAACAUGGUAUUUGGUACAUUCUAUUGGGUGGAUCUCAUUGUAAAACAUGGUAUUUGGUACAUUCUAUUGGGUGGAUAUCAUUGUAAAAACAUGGUAUUUGGUACAUUUUUGCCAUCUCUUCAAAAUGAUUUACCUAGACUGACUCAUCGUUGAAACAAUACUGUUACAAAUAGCGGAACUAGAUAUUUGUAUACUUCCCAUUCUGUCUUGAUAUACCCCAAAAUGCAUACAUUUAUGACCUUUGACCCCGAAAGAUGGGACCAUAGAGAUGUCAUUACCAUUCCAGUUGUUUCAUACCUUAAUAUGUUGUAUUAUGAAGUUAAUAACAUAUACAAUUCCCUUCGUUUGAGAAGAUUGUUCCCAGAUAAUGCAACAUUAUUUCAUACCAUCAAUCCUGUGGGCCCAACUAACCGCAUAGGGGUCAAAACAUAAAAUGCACACAUUUACCUACCUCAGAAUCAUGGGUAUAAUACCAACACUGACAUGGACCUAGAUGAAAAUCAUCAUUAUACCUUGCCACCCCAAAGUAGACAAACAUGUGAAAUUUGGCCUGCUGGCCCAUGGACUAUUUAUUUACUUAACCUCAAAUGCAAGCUUUUGUAUAUUUCAUUUUCAAGAGAAGGAUAGUGUAAACGUGUUUUUGGAGCAGGGUGUGUUGUAAAUAAUAACGUUUUUUUUUUUUACUGCUACAUACUAAAUUAUUAUUUCAAGUUAUUGUAUCUAGAAAAAUACAUAAUUAAAGUGAGCUGAAGUCAAGUCAGUGCUGCUUUGUUGCUCGGUUUGCUCUAAGUUUGUGUUCGGUGUCGAGCCUCGACCUGACAGGAAAGUCAGUGUACAUGUUGCUAGGCAACGAGAGGCUCUCUUGAACGACGGUGUUUUCACGCGAAAUCCGCUCAUACAAGGAUAAAACGACCUAAAAAUGCGUCAGUUUGUAUCUUAUGCUAGCUAGCUACUUCUAAAGUCAACUAUUAGUUUGUGAUUAGUGCACACUGAAAAUGCCGUUCAGCGCCGAGGCCAUUAAGCCGCCCCUUCAUGACCAAAUAACAGAACUGCAGAGGAAAAUUCAACUUCUUGAGGGCGACAGAAGUGCAUACUAUGAAAUGUCUCAGUCAAGCAUCAAGAAAAACAGGAAUUCUAUCCUUCAGCUGAGGCAGGAGAACAAGAGACUACACAAGAAGUUGGCAAACGCUCUUGCUGGGGACGAGCAGGUGAUAAAGGAAGCCUUCCAAAGCCGAGGCAUGGAGAAAGCUGCCUUCAGAAACAUGUCAGGGAAGGCUGCUCUCAAGGUGCUGGACCAGAAGGUGUGUGACAAGAUGAAGAAGCUGAACGCUCUAAAGCACACCACCCAGACGUACCGCCGUCGCCUGGAGGACCUACAGACACUGUACCAGAAUAUGAAGCUAGAGAACAGAGGACCAGAGAGAGACACGGAGAGACGCAACGAGGAGGCCAAGAGUGAAGGACAGGCGGCUGAGGAGCAUCCCCAAAAGAGCUUGCGGGUGCUGGAGAAUCGUCUGGAGAAAGCUCAGCUGAAGUGCCAGGAGGCUGAACACAUCAUGAGGGGCUAUCUGAAACUAAAGGCCCACCUACAGGAGGAGAGCCUGACCUUCCAGUCCCAGCUGGAUAAACUAGAGGCUGAGAUCCUGAGACAGAGACAGGAGCUGAAGGACCUGCAGGUCAUGAACAGUGACGCACUCCUCUCCAAAGACACUGCCAAGGCAGAGCUGCAGCGUCAAGAAGAACAGAUGUAUAGGGAGAGGAAGGACAGAGAGUGUAUCCUCACCCGUUACAAGAAAGAGGCAGAGGACCGUAAGGCCCAGGCUGAGAGAGUGGAGAGAAGGGCCCAGCGGGCAGCCAUGCAGCCUGACGAGCUGAGUAGCGACGCCCAGCGCAGUGCCACCGGGCUGGGGGAGGAGGAGAGGGCCAUCUCCACCUUCGAGGAGGCCUUCAGACGCAUCAAGGAGGCCACGGGGGUCACUGACACACGGGAGGUGGUGGAGAGGUUCAUCUCCCAGGGAGACACCCAGCAGCACCUGGAGGAUCUGAAGAAGGAGAACCAGGUAACCCUGCUACAGCUGAAGGAGGACAGGGACCGUCUGCAGGAACACUUCCAGGACAUCAAGUACUCCGGGGAGACCAAGCUCUCCAGUGGUCAGCAGAUGCUGGAGGACUGUAAGCGCCACCUGCAGGCGGAGCAGGGGAGGCGCGACGCCGCCAAGGAACGUCUGGACUGGCUGACCCGUACCCUGAACACGGUCCGGGCCGGGGUGGAACACCUAUCUGACAAACUGCAGCACAUCAAGCUGGGUGAGGGCCCGGAGCCCCAGCUGCCCCCCGGCUCAGAGGAGUACGUGGUGGAGCUGCUGUCCCAGUCAGAGCAGAAGCUGCUGUUACUGCAGGAGGAGCUCCAGGGGAAGGACCUGGCCGCCGUCAUGAAGGAGAUGGAGGAAGAGGAGUUCCAUGCCAGCAUCGAGGGGAAGCUGCCCCAUUGCAACACCCGCAUCAAGCUGCCUGAGGCUCAGAGACAGGACCCAUAUGAUGAAGAGGAGGAGAGCGGGGACGAUGAGGGUGACAUUAUCACCAGGGCGAUACUGAAGCACCAGUCUCAGCUCAUCAUCGACUCCAAGACUAAGAGGAAGACCAGGACCAAGAAGAAAAAGGGCAAGCUCUGAUCCUAGAUCAGUUAGGCUGGCUAGAGGUCACAAGAGCCAUAGAAAUAUAAUUGCUAGAAUGGGGAUGUCAGCUCUAGUAAUUAUAUUUCUAUGACGAGAGCAGCCAUGAGUUUGUGUUUAGUGUGAGGUCAUAGGUCAUAUUUGUGCCCUGGAUUGAGUGAAAAUACCUUUGCUUGAGAUGGCAUAGGGGACUUUAGGGAAAUCUUACUCCUCACAUAUAAUUAUUCAGUUAGCUAAAUAAUUAUAUUCCUUAUUAACUAAUGGAAUACACAGUAAAUGUAUAUUGUACAUUUGAUGAUACUGUAGCUAGGGGAACGUUGUGGUGACAGAUCAUAUAGUACCUUGCAGUCACCACAUUAGCUACUUUAUGGAUGCAAGACUUGAUUUUAUCACAAAGCAGUUCAACACAAAAUAAUUGAUUUCCCACUUGCACCACUGAUUUGUAGAUUAUAAAAUUGUAAUCAAAAUAGGAAUGAAAAUCAAUAAAAAGCUUGAUUUGAAGGAUUACUCAAUCUUUGGUUAGGUAAGAUUUCUCUAAUGCAGGGGUGUCAAACACACAGCCCGUGGUACGUUUGUUUUGUAUAAUAUAUAUAUAUAUUUUAAUCUGCAUUGAAAUGACUUAAAUAUUGAAACUGUGUAGAAAUCAGGGCUUGACAUUAACCUGUUUAGCCACUUGUCCUUUGGACAAGUAGGACAGAAUUUUUACUUGUUUCUGAAGUCACUUGUACCCCCAAAAAAAGGUCUGUCACACAGGCCAAAAGAGUGACUGAAAAUGAGUGAAGUACACAUAUCCGUGGGAAUUAGGGGUGCUGAGGGUGCAGCAGCACCCCCUAAUAAAUGAUUACUCCUGUACGAUUACUGCUGUAUGAUUACUGCUGUAUGAUUACUGCUGUAUGAUUACUCCUGUAUGAUUACUCCUGUAUGAUUACUCCUGUAUGAUUACUGCUGUAUGAUUACUCCUGUAUGAUUACUGCUGUGUGACCCUGUGUGUGCCGAAGUGUGCAGAUGGAGCAGUGACACAGUCAACGAUGGCUGGCUGUGCGUCUUGUGAUAGGUUGUAAAUCAUUGUGGACUGCAGAGCAACUCUGCUCUCCUCACAACUGGAUAACUAUACACUGAUUCACAUCUAGGCUACUUACUAUAUGCCAGUAUGUGUUGUAAGUAGGUUUCACAUGGCUAGAAUAACAUGGAAAUAAGUCUAGGCCAACUACGCAUCAUUUCUUUCAUCAGCUUUCCUCAGCUGAAGCCUAAGUUUUCCUUUGACUCCUCAUUAUAUUUGUCGAUCUUGGUAUUGCUCAAUUUCAGUUCUUGUGGCCUAAAAUAUAUGUAAUUCAAAAUAAAUCUGUGAAUGAGAAUA